ACAUAUAAUCUGUAAAAGCUGUAGAUUUUAUUUGCAAAGAAAAAGACUUUAAAUAAAUUCGUGAUAAAAUAGAUUUUCCAACAACUUUUUUCUUCUCAUAUCACUUUAAAACGUAAAGUAGAAUGGUCAUACUUUUUUAUUGUGAGAUCACAUGGACCUUGACCCUUGAGAGAAGGUAUAUAUACAGCUGUUGAUGUCAUCGCAAAUACUCUUUAAACUCUGUCUCUUCAGUUUUUUUUUUUCUAUACUUUUCUUUCAAAAGAAGGAAAAAUAAAAUAAAAGUGAUGAUCAUAACAGUUCUUCAUUCUCUUGUCUCGUUUUAUUUCAUCAUCAUCCCAACCCUCAUCUUCUUCCAUGGAAGUAACGGUGCUACAAUAACUAUCGUAAACCGAUGCAGCUUCACUGUCUGGCCUGGAAUUUUACCCAACUCAGGAAGUGGGGACAUAGGAACCACUGGUUUUGAGUUAGCCUCUGGUGGUGCACGUUCCUUCCAAGCUCCAGCAAGCUGGUCUGGUCGGUUUUGGGCAAGAACUGGUUGUAACUUCGACUCUCAAACAGGCCAAGGCACUUGCUUAACCGGUGACUGCGGUUCCAACCAAGUAGAGUGUAACGGCUCAGGAGCCAAACCACCCGCUACACUAGCCGAGUUCACAAUCGGGUCAGGUCCAGAAGACCCGACCCGAAAACAAGACUUCUACGACGUGAGCCUUGUGGACGGAUACAACGUCCCUAUGGUAGUUGAAGCUAGUGAAGGGUCAGAAGGUAACUGUUUGACCACAGGAUGCGUAACGGAUCUAAACCAAAGAUGUCCAGCGGAGCUCCGGUUCGGAUCCGGGUCAGCAUGCAAAAGCGCGUGCGAAGCGUUUGGUAGUCCAGAGUAUUGUUGUAGUGGCGCGUACGCUUCACCAACCGAGUGUAAACCGUCCAUGUACUCGGAGAUAUUCAAAACAGCGUGUCCUAGAUCGUACAGCUACGCGUUUGACGAUGCUACGACCAAAAAUCUGCAGCUAAUGGGUGGAGAGAGGGCAGUGGAUCUGCAGGAAGCUCACCGUCUCCAUUGUCUACGUGGUUAUCUGAUGUAUUCAGUUCUGGCUCAUCAUAUAUUCAUAAAUCUUCCAAAUAUUUACCCAUCUUUUGUUGUAUUUUUCUUUUUCUUUGGUGGUUUUGAUUUAUGUUUAUGUUUCUCAUUUCCGGCUUCCGGGUGUGUAUAUCUGCUGCAUCCUAUUACAUUUAUAUGUUUCAUGAUUGUGCACACUAAUGGACAUAUAACCACACUGUUGAUUUGUAUUUUUGAACGCACUACAAGAUAAUGAUAACCAUGCGCAAUAUGGAAACUAACCCCUAAAAGUAUCUCUAUCCCAAACUGUUUGAAAAAUUACUAGAAAAGGUUCUCAAGAUUUGUGAUAUCCAACUAUUAUUUCAGAGUAUUAUUCUUGAGAACCCAUUUUAUUAAAUUUGUUAUGAGAAUGCUCUAAGUUCCGGCAUAGAUUGCAUCUCAAAUAGGCCAUUACAGUUUUAGUUACAAUUACAACGUAAGAUCGUAACCAAUAUACCAAAUGCAAAAAAUAUGAGACGAUGAGUGUUUUAGUCAGAAAGUUUGCGGGUGGCAUUUUGCUAUUGUUAUGUAUAGAGUUUAUUGGAGCCGAGUGAGAAAGUGGUUGCAAUACUCGAGAAAUGUCGUCAUAAUUCAUCUAUAAAAAAAUACAACUAAGUGGAAGAACUUAUCUGAUGAUAACUAACAUAUAACGUAUAAUGGCCUUUUUUUGGUUUGUACUUUGUAUACAAAUGGUGUAUCCUAUUAGGAUUACAUUGAUGAUGGAGAGAUGACGAGAAAUGCAAAAAAGAGAAGUGAAAAAAUAAAUAAAAAAGAGCAAAAGGAGGAAAGAAUAUACUAACAGAAAAUAAAGCAGAAAAGAAGAUCAUCACAUGAUAACUGAUAAGCUUAAGUGCUAGCCGUGGACAGUUUAACCAAAUUAAGCAAGCUGAACCAGUUCUUUUUUGGUUUUAUUCGGGUUUGGUUUAAGGGUUUAUCUUAAUCAACACAUAUUUACGCAACUCCUAUCAACAAACAAUGAGAUCAAAUAGAUAUGAUAGUUCUGUUUCAUAAGUAUAAGAAACUAGAUGUUAAUUUUUUUCUCAAAAAAAAAAAAGUAUAAGAAACUAGAUUAAACAAACAAAUAUUUAAAGAGUACAAUAUGAUACUUUAAUUAUGAGAUAACAUUUGGAACUCUUGAGACUUCAAACACAAUUACACAACCAAAAUGGAAAAGAAUAAAUAAAAGAUGAUUCCGUCUUUCUCUUUUGAUGUUCUCUUAUAUUCUUUUCUAGAUAUAAUGAAGUUGAAAUGUAAAAGAACAACAUUGGACACGACUA